GCGGCAUCACCCGAGCAAAGGCGUGCGCGCCACCCCGGUAGGAAAAAAACCCGCACGCUAGACGUGUGGGACAUAAUGGUGGAUAGGUAGGGAACUCACUUUAGCUCGCAGGAGCAGCUCGUCAACUGUUGAUUACAUUUCCAGUCGUCGCUUUGGACUCUAAGGUACCCGUGACUUCACUCUUGGUCGCUGGCUCAGCCCGCUCAACUUCAACGACGCCCUGGACCAUAACAAAAUGCCGAAUAUCAAAAUAUUCAGCGGUAGUUCGCAUCCGGACCUGUCUCAAAAGAUAGCUGACCGCCUGGGUCUUGAGCUGGGGAAGGUUGUUACCAAAAAAUUUAGCAACCAGGAAACGUGGUGAGUGUUUUUGCUGCUUAAUACAGUUUGUAGUCAAGAGUAUUACAAUAUCUAGUGCGCAAAUGUUGUAGCUAAGCGACAUGUAACUGGUUAGAAAUGUGGUGUCACGGUAAAUUUGCCGCGCAGUGCUGUUGGAACUUGUAGUCCACGCAUGUCUGAGAAUCCAUGCUAACUUGCUGCCUGUCUUGUAGUCCUCAAUAAAAGCACCUUCGUUACAUGACUUCAAUGAAAUUGUAACGCCAUGCCUUAUAGCAUGAAGACCCUCAUCUUGUGACUCAGCAUGCUGAUCCUCCCCUCAAUUAAAACCCUUGUUCACAGUUAGACAUCAGCGACUGUUUACUCUGCCUCAUCUAUCUUCUGCCUGCCACGGUGUGUUCCCUCCAUGGCCCUAAGUGCUGUUUGUCCUGUCCUCUCUCUCUUCUGGCAGCGUGGAGAUAGGAGAGAGCGUACGUGGGGAAGAUGUCUACAUCGUACAGAGUGGCUGUGGGGAGAUCAAUGACAAUUUGAUGGAGCUGCUGAUCAUGAUCAACGCCUGCAAGAUUGCCUCUGCCUCGAGGGUCACUGCUGUCAUCCCCUGCUUCCCCUAUGCUCGGCAAGACAAGAAGGACAAGGUGGGGGUGAGGGAUAUCUGUCUAAUUACUUCUGUCAUGCCAUUUGCCAUCAAGCAUCAUGACAAGAAGCCUGCAGCCAUGUCCAUCAGUAAACACUUAACAAGGCAUAUUUACUCUUCCUGUUUUUGUUUGCUUGUCCCUCUUUCAUCCUAUAUGCUUUAAGCCAUAAACAGUUCCCCUCCCAUCCUUCCUUAUGUUGCUAUUUGGCUAUUAUUUGCUCUCAUCCAAAAAAUUUCAGUCAAUUUGCAUCAUAGUUUAAAACUAUGGAAGCUAGAUACUGUGAUGACACUAAAUGUCCUGAAUUUUAUUAUUAAGCUCGAUAAUUAGAAAUAAGUAUUGCAGUUGGGCCAAGCUACUUGUAUUUUUAACCUUUUGUGUGGUUGUAUCUUAAGGAAAUGAAAAUGCAUCUGUGUGCCUAGUCCUCACUUAAAUGUUAUUAUUAGAAACAAGCCAUGCUUGCCACUUCACUUAUUCCAUGUGACUGAAGAGAUCUGUUUUCAUUUCAGAGCCGUGCUCCUAUCUCUGCCAAGCUGGUGGCUAAUAUGUUGUCAGUAUCAGGCGCUGACCAUAUCAUCACCAUGGAUUUGCAUGCCUCACAGAUACAGGUCAGCAGCACCAACACUGAAAAAAGUAGUUCUGAUUUCCAAUCCUAUUGUGAAUAACUUCUGCAAUACGUCUUCCUACUCCUACAAUCUUAAGCUUUUUGCCUCAUUCUGAGAUUAUACUUGAAUACUGGCUUUUAUAGCCUGAAAUAUAAAAGAUUUCAAUGCAGGACUGAGGGAGACACAAGCUGUUUAUUGGUUCUUUCAUUGUACAAUUGAAUUCAACUCCUCUGACACCUUUUAAUCUAUUAUUUUGUUGUCCUUUUUCAGGGAUUCUUUGAUAUUCCUGUUGAUAACUUGUAUGCGGAGCCUGCUGUGCUGAAGUGGAUCAAAGAGAACAUACCUGAAUGGAAGAACUGUACCAUUGUUUCACCCGAUGCUGGAGGAGCCAAAAGGUAGGUUUCUGGCUUCAUAUGGAUAAUCUUCCUCUGAGCUCAGUGAAGCCUCUGAAAUCUCUUCUGGAUUGACUGUACUUUCAAUUAAACUUGUGUAGCUUUUUUUACCUCCAGGAGUGUGUGCAUAAAAUUUGGAGAGAACAACAAUGUACUCUCAUUGCAGGGUCACCUCGAUAGCAGACAGGUUGAAUGUGGACUUUGCGCUUAUCCAUAAAGAAAGGAAAAAGGCAAAUGAGGUGGAUCGCAUGGUUCUCGUCGGAGAUGUGACUGAUCGAGUUGCCAUUCUGGUUGAUGACAUGGCUGACACAUGUGGCACAAUCUGCCAUGCUGCUGACAAGUAAGUUCAUUUGUACUUUUUUUUUUUUUUUUUUUUUUGAUUGAAAACUUAAUGUGGGUCACUGUGCUGAUUAUUUUUGUGUUUCUCUCUGCAGACUUAUUUCUGCUGGUGCAACCAAGGUGUAUGCCAUCCUAACCCAUGGCAUCUUCUCCGGCCCAGCUAUCUCACGUAUUAACAAUGCGUGCUUUGAAGCCGUGGUGGUCACAAAUACAAUCCCUCAGGAGGAGAAGAUGAAACAUUGUCCUAAAAUACAGGUCAGGAAAAAAAGUGCAGCUGCAACUAAGGAUUUUGUAAAAUUGUUUUCAUUUGUGUGUAUCUUGUAUACUUUGUGAGCAGAAAUGAAUUAAUCUAAUACUUACAAAUAGACUCUUAUUGUAUAUUUAAAGCUUUUUUUUUUCUUUUCUUCCUUCAGGUCAUAGACAUCUCUAUGAUACUUGCAGAGGCCAUCCGUAGAACUCACAACGGCGAGUCUGUGUCGUACCUGUUCAGUCACGUCCCCUUGUAACAAAUAGUGUCAACCAUCCACUACCUGCUGUUACACCAAACGAGAAGAGGGAAUUCCCCACCAAAAAACACAUCCAUUAGCGAAGAUGCUCUGCUCACUAACCAUGAAAAAUAGAAUGAACCGUCAUGUCUGUUACUAAUGCUGAUCCCACUCAUGUGAGUCCCUUCCCCCUUGAGUUGUGUCCUUCGUGUCCAGGGCACUUCAGCAACCGCAAGCUACCUUCUUAGGCCAGCAUAUUUAUUGUACUUGGAUAAGUAAGUGAUUAUCCAUUGUGAACUUUGUCUCCCCUUUCACAAAACGAAUAAUCAGAGUUUCUCCUGACCAUUUUGUUUCCAAAGGUGUCAUUUCAAUGUGUUGUCAAAGAGCUUAUAUAACUGUUUCCAGUAGGUCAGGGCUGGUCAGGAGGGGCAUCUGCCACAUAGGCUGUUACAGUGAUUUUGUUACAAUAAACGGAUGUAGUUUUUCCAUGUUGCUCUUGUAUAUCCUGCUGUUUGAGAGAUUAUUAUUGAUGAAGUGAAUGUGUAUCGAACCAGUUUACAGUGCCACUGAAGCUCCACUCAACCAAGAGUGCCUCAAAAGUUUGAAAUGAAGGGACCCCCUCCUCCACUGUCCCACAUCUCCCUCUUCCUGUUUUUUCCUUUUUAGUCCAUUAAUGAAGAGCUUCAGUGUAUAUUGUCAGGCAGUAGAAAAUUGUGGGGGGUGGUUCCUAUCAACUCUUGAGGUGCCCUCAUUGAGUGGGGUUUGCCCAGUGUCCAGGGUUCACCCUGCAAGGUUCUACGUUGAAGGUCUGUCUUUUGAGAAGCCGUUGGAUUUUAGUUUUAGGUCUCUGCAGGCUAGAGCUUCCUUCAGAAAUGUUCACCUGCUGUUUUUGUUUUCUCUUUUGAUGUUUUUUUUUUUUUAAUUGUCUUUGAGGAGGGAUUUGUUAUCAGUGUGCAUAUUUCAAGCCUUCAUGUUUACUCUUUCAGUAGAGUGAAUGCGCCAAUUAUCUAAGGAUGGAUUCUCAAUAUUAAAUGAGUAAAAUCUUAAUCCCGGUAUUUGUUUUUGUUACAUCUGGUGUUUAUUGACCUCAAAGGGGAUUAAUAUCCAUAAAAUAAAAAAUGUCGGUGGAUAAAGUAUGAUACAGGAUACAACGUGAAUUCAUUGAUGUAAUCUUUAACAGGGACACUGUCCAACACAUGGACUUAACUGCACUUCAGACAGCUAAAAUAAAGUACCUGAGCAUAUUUGUUAA